AUGCCUCAGCUGCUGCGCUCUGGGCCAUCUGUCGUGAAGACGAGGCAGGGGAGCGUGCUUUCUCGUGGGUUUAUUCUCAAGACGGAUUACUGGCCAUCCGGCCGGGCCCUAGAUCUCGAGUUGACCAUUCACGGAGCACCCAACUUUCGGGCACCGAAAGAUGGUAAUCUGAAUGUCUUUGGUGUCGCACAGCCUCGGACGCAGGGUCUCAGAGGUAUCUUAUCGGUACUGAGGUGUCGACCCAAUAUCUCAAAUCCGACUCAUGUCAUCUGGUUUUCGACUCGUGAAGAGCCAGUUGUCUACAUCUCCGGCCGUCCGUUUGUUCUCCGCGACGCUGCAGAGCCCCGAAGAACACUGAAGAUGUCCGAUCGGGCGGAAAAUCUUGAAGCCAUUGAACAGCGUCUGAAGAACGACAUCCUCGUCGAAGCUCAGAAGUAUGGCGGAUUGAUCCUGACCCACAACGAAGUUGCUUCCGAUUCGAGCGACGGUGCUAUCCUACCGACAUGGACGGCUGUCGACAUCGCAAAUGUUAGAACAAUGCGUGAGCUUAUGGAAGGCAUGCGUCGAGACGGCUGGAAUGUAGACGUUGGCAGAAUUCCCAUCUCACCAGACCGUCCUAUCGAGGACAACUAUCUCGACGCGUAUACCCAUGUGAUCAAGAACACAGACCCGCUUAAGACCGCGUUGAUCUUUAAUUGCGGCCAAGGUGCUGUUAGAACAACGUUCGCGAUGGUGGCGGCCUGCAUACUUCGCAGAAAACAGCUCAUCGAACAGGGCUUCGACGAUCCUUUUGCGGGAAAAGUCGGUACUGGACGUUCUGGCGUCAGCACCGUCAGUACUUUGCAUGUAUAUAGACUGGUCCUCGGGUACUCAUUUCCCUUGCAGCCUUCCGGCGGUCAGGUGGCGGACUUUCGUCUGAUACAGUCCCUGGAGCAAGCUACUUUACAGCAAGAGUUGAACAGAUCGUUAUUAAGGAUAACGUUCAUUCUUCAGCAAUGUCUACAGGCAUCGAAUUCACAGUCCGGGAUAGAACUUCUACUGACAAGGCCAGAGUUGCUCAACAGCCUCAGGAAGGCGCAUAUGGGCAACUAUGGCAUAAUUCUCAGCUUGCUCGGUUGUCUCGAGCACGGUCUCAAGGCAAAGAAGCUGGUUGAUAUCGUUGUUGAUUCCUGUGACCAGGUUACGAACUUACGAGAAGACAUCUUCAUGCACCGGAUACGAUACUCAUUAACGUCUAGUAUGGACGAGGGGGAGCGAGAUAUAUUCUUGGACAAGGCGGCCAAAUCCCUAGAGAAAUACUUCUUCAUAAUUGCAUUUGCUAAUUACGUGGAAACAGAGGCCAGCCUUAAGCUAGGCUUUUCCAGCUGGCUGAAGACGAGGACCGAGAUUUGGAACCAAAUCAUGUUCUUGAGGAGAACUCACGGGUCGAAGCUCAACAUUUUCCAGCCUAUCAGCGAUCUUUCAGCGCUGUCUAAGUCCAGUUCUGAAGGUCGCGCACUGGUUGCCGGGCAGAAGAACGACGUCGCCAUUGCGGGAGGUCAAAUUUUGGGCGACGAGUACUCAGACCACGUCGUCAAGAAUCGCAGCGGUAUCAUUCUGCGCGAAGGUACUCUUCUCAAGUCCGACCAGUGGCUCAGGGAGUCUCAGCACGUCUCUGACGGCGUCCGCGGUGCUAUAAACUUCCGCAACAUCCCUGGAACCAAGAUCUACGCCCUUGGCCAGCCGACACUGGAGGCUAUCGACGAAGUCGUAAAGCGGGUUAAAGACGCGAACCCGUCGGACGAACAGAUUCUCUGGAUUACCCUCAGAGAAGAGCCAAUCGUAUACAUUAACGGCGCUCCGUAUUGUCUACGGAGGGAGAGGUUCACUCUUCGUAACAUGAAAGACUACGGUGGUAUCUCGGCUUCUCGCCUCGAGGUCCUCGAGGAAAGGUUGCGUGACGACGUGACUGCCGAAUUGACAUCCUUUGGCGGAAGGCUAUUAUUGCACACUGAGACCCGCGAUGGCAACGUCAUUCCAGUCUGGGAGGAAGCCGACACGGAUAGCGUCUCGGGCUUGAAAGACAUUAUGGCAUCUCGCAAGGAUGUUGGCGGGGCUGAGCUCAAAUACGCCCGGGUGCCUAUCACGGCGGAACGUCCCCCAGAUUUCUCGGACCUCACUGAUUUGAUCGACGUUGCUGUUCGUCAUCCCAACGCACCGAUAGUUGUCAACUGCCAGCUUGGUCGCGGUCGGAGCACUAUGGCGGCUAUUAUCCUGAUACUCAUCCAGAAGUGGCUCGAGGAUGCUAGCCGUAUCGUGGCGCCCAGCACCCCUUGUCUGACUCGCACACUAACGGCGACGUCUUUGAACGAGAGUACUGAGCUCGCCCGUCCAGACCGUCAUUCUUAUCAAACCAUCAACAACCUUCUCCGCGUAAUUCGCAAGGGCCCCACGGUCAAGAAAGCAGUCGAUGACGCAAUUGACCAAUGCUCAGAGGUCAUGAACUUACGCGACUCGAUCGAGGAAGCUCGCAACAGGGCAGAGCAAGCUUCUGACGAGAGACAGAAGCGCUACCAUGCUCAGCGGGGAUUACACAAUUUGCGGAGAUAUUUCGAGUUGAUCGUCUUCCAAGCAUAUCUGCAAACCAUUGAACCUGACACCAUCAAGUCUCUACCCAGUAUCGAAACUUUCGUCAAUGAUCGACCAGUCAUCAAGACGUUUGAGAAAGAGCUCAUGGCUGAAGGUAUCCACGCCUUGAAGCCUCUGGAACGAGUUGACGUUCGUGAAGGCAUGCCAUUGCCGGACGAAGUCAAGCAAGUGGUGGCCAACCGCACUGGCACCAUCCUGUCCGCUUCGACCAUCCUGAAGAGUGACUUCUUCUCCAACUUACAGAAGAUGAGCUUGCCAGAGCGCAUUGAUGGCUCGCCCAACUUCCGUCGCGUACCUUUGAUCUUGCGCCGAAUACACUCGGGCACUGCUUCUCCGUCUGAACAGCCACAGUUUGUGUCCUCAAACGAAGAUGACAAAUGGGUCUGUGGCAGUGGCAUGCCUACGGUUCAGGGACUACGCAGGGCCCUAACACGGGUUGAUGCAGGCCCUGACGGUCGUAAUGUGGUCUACUGGACGUCACUGCGUGAAGAACCAGUCAUUUAUGUCGCGGGAAGGCCUCAUGUCCUUCGUCUUCUGGACAAGCCCUUGGAGAACGUCGAAGCUACUGGUGUUACCACUGAAGUUGUUGAGAGGAUGGAAGAGAACUUCAAGAGGGACGUUCUUCGUGAAGUGCGUGCAGGCGGUGGGCGCAUUCUUCUCCACGAUGAGGUCGAAGAGCGGCCCGGUGUCUUUGCAAUCAUCCCGAUCUGGGAGGAAGUCUCAGAGGAGGACAUCAUGACGCCAAGGAAUGUCUUCGAGCUCAUGGUUAAAGAAGGAUACCGCGUCGACUAUGAUCGCGUAGCUGUGACCGAUGAACAGGCUCCUCUGCCGGAUGCGCUUCAGCGACUUCUCGAGCGCAUCCAAAGAGGUAUUGAUGCCGCUGGCGACUUCAUCUUCAACUGCCAGAUGGGCAGAGGGCGCACCACAACUGGCAUGGUCACGGCGUGUCUUAUUGCUACCACAUCGAAAUGGGACAAGUGCGAUGAUCCUCCGUCCCCAGAAGACGCCGAAAACGGAGAGAUUUACGACUCCAUGGACGGCUACUCCGAGGAGGAGGCUUACCUCCAAGGAGAGUAUAAGACUAUUCUCCAGCUCGUCGGCGUGCUCUCGCACGGCAAGCUUGCCAAACGCUUGACUGACCAAGCUAUCGACCUCAUGCAAGAUGUUCAAAACCUGCGUAAGGCUAUCUACGACUAUAAGCUGAAGGUAGAUGCAGCGGAGAAAGGCAGCACGAAACAACGCAAGCUCCUCAAUGUCGGCAUUAACUAUCUGUACCGCUACGGAACACUCAUUAUGUUCGCCAACUACCUCAUCGAGAUGAGAGAGCGCGAAGACGGGCCUGAGGUCUCUUUCUCCGACUGGCUCCACGAGCACCGGGAAAUCACCCGUCUGUUGAGCAGACGAUCCCUUGACUAA